CUAUUGUUGUAACGACCAAAAUGAUAUCGCAAACAGUUGAUUCCUUUGGUUUGAACGAUCAAGGAGGAUUUGAUUAGUGUCAAAAUUGAUGUCAAAAUCAAGACUGUUGGCGUUUUAGACAGACUUUCGAUCGAUUAUGCGUGUCCGAGCAUAAUCGGUUCACCAAAGUUUCGAUUUUUCAGGAAUUCGAGCCUCAUUUGAUUGGAUAUUUCUACGCCAACAUGCCGAGGAUUAAAGUCAAGCCGGCUCAGCAUGAAGAUACUUUGCCCUUUACCGUCGCACUGGAUUCUGCAACUGACAGUUUCUCGCACUUUCAAACAGAAGAGUCCGGAGAGAAGGAGAAGCAACCGGUGAAGAGCAAGAAGCGAGCCCGGGUCAGCCCUUGUCAGACGGUCAGCGACUUCGCGCUGAACGUGUCGACUGCGCACGGCCUGCCCAACAUCUUUCGCGCCAAAACCAAGCUGGGACGCCUGACAUGGUCCCUGAUCUUCUUCGUCGGGAUUGUCGUGUCCAUCUGGCAGGGGACCCUGAUAGUCGUCAAUUACUUGAACUUUCAAGUUACGACUGAGGUGAAGAUCGUGACGCACAGUUCGCUGGAGUUCCCUUCCGUCACCGUGUGUAACACCAACAAGCUACGGCUCUCAGCCAUCAGCAGGUCCAGACAUCGACAAAUGUUGGUGGUCGACCACGACGUUUCACUGCCGUACUAUGCCCCUUGUGUUGGUGACGACUUCCUAUGCAGGGACCGCCCUGUGUGUAUCAAGCGAUACCUGCUGUGUGAUGGCAUCAGGCAAUGCGGUGUGAAUGACACCAGCGACGAAGACGACUGCGAUUACGACUUCGGCUCGUGCGCUGAUGACGAGUUCCGCUGUGUCUACUCGGGCAGUCAAUCGGGUCUGUGCAUACACAAAAAAAGGGAAUGCGACCGGAACAAAGACUGUUACGGAGGAGAGGACGAAGAUGACUGCGAGUGUAAGAGUUCAGAGUUCAAAUGCGAGAAGCAUGGUGGCUGCAUCCGUAAGACAUCAGUCUGCGAUGGUAAAUCUGACUGUAUUGACGGCAGUGACGAAAAGACCUGCAUGCCAGACGGGAACUUCCAGUGUGACGAUUCGUCCUUCCGAUGCGUCUCAACGGACACAUGCAUCCCGAAGACAUAUGUCUGCGACAAUGAUAACGACUGUGCUGAUGGGUCAGACGAGAGCAUAACCGCUUGCGCACAGCUUACGACAACGUCUGCUCCAUUUCUGUGCGACAACGAUCGGUUCAGUUGUGGCGAUGGCGAAUGCAUACCGAGCAGCUGGCGGUGCGAUUCCGAAGCCGACUGCGCCAAUGGAUUGGACGAGAGCGAGUCACACUGCGCACCGUCCUCCAGACGUCGACGAUCGACGGGGGAUCAACCGACAGAUUCACCGAGCGAUCUAGUCCGUCAGGCACACCCUGGUAACCAUAGCAACCCCACUUAUUCGUUCUUCUGUCUGAGUGGGGAACGGGUUCCUCUCUGGCAGACGUGUAACGGGUUUCCUGAUUGCUAUGACGGGAGCGAUGAGUGGGCCGCAAACUGCAGUGAUAUUGUGUCAGAAUGUGGGAUCAAUGAAUUCCAAUGUCGAGAGAGGACCCAAGAGGGUACAGUCACGUGUAUACCGAAGUCCUACGUGUGUGACGAUUACCCUGAUUGCCUGACAGGGCAAGAGGCCGGGGAGCCUAGCCAUACACCGUCUGACGAAUCGGCAUGCGCAACAGCAGACGAGACACUACCGGCUGACUACUUCCGCUGUGCUAACGGUCAUAAGAUGAUCCAUAAGUACGACGUCUGCAACACGGUGCCUGAUUGCUUCCCUGAGAAAGAUGAUGAGUACGCUUGCACUUGGGAAAACAGAACAAGUGGGGAGGUACCAGAUCCUUUCGAGUCUCCGCUGUGGUAUCAGAAAUACGCCCCACUGGUUCGAAAAAAGUACCACUACCUCUUCGACGACUUCAGCUAUCGGUGGCGCCCUUUCGACCGUGUCAAAGGUGAAGACCCCCCGGACUGGAACAGCUUCGUUACGUACAGCGCCACACCUGACUACAGCGAUCUCGUGGAAGUUCCCAAACUCAGCCAGGAUGAAGUGCACCAGUUCGGACACCAGAAGGAGGACUUCAUCUUGCAGUGCUCGUAUGAAGAGACGAAAUGCAAUCUGAGCGAUAUUCUGGAGUUCCAGGACGACACAUAUGGAAACUGUUUCACCUUUAACCCAGAGGGGUUCUUUGCUACCUCCACAACAAGCUCUAGAUAUGGUCUCCGGAUGACCCUGUUCUUGGAGCAAUCCGAGUACAUCAGUAUCUUUGGGCAGGAGGCUGGUGUCCGUGUCGCCAUCUCCCCUCCCGGUAUCCGACCAAACCCGACCCACCAUGGGUUCACUGUCAAACCAGGAACAGUGACUUCCAUCGGGCUCAGAUAUAACUUUGUGAACCGGAAGCCACAUCCCUACGGAAAAUGCCAAACGUCUGUUGAGAAUUCACCCAUCAUCGAAGAUGGAGUAGUGCGAGAGAUCAGGGAAACCGAGCAGUAUGACAGAGGGCUCUGUAAGAAAAGCUGCCUUCAUCGCCACAUACUGGAACAGUGCGGUUGUUCAGAUACUCUAGAGCUCGCCGGACCACGGUGUGAAAUACUGAACACGGAGCAAGAUGUCUGCAAGCAGUUGAUGUACUUCCUGCACCAGAGUGAUAAUCUUACCUGCCAUUGUCCUCAACAAUGCAGUGAGGUUUACUACACAAAGACAAGCUCAACCUCCGCUUGGCCCUCGGCCAACUUCAUGAAACAUCUUUUGAAAAAUUUACACUCCAUCAACCGGAAAACUAAACACCUAAACGGGAACAACAUCGACAAAAAUAUCGUACGAAUUGAAGUUUAUUAUGAGGAGUUGAACUAUGAAAGUACAAAAGAGGAACCAGCUUACCAGCCAUCAUCCUUAUUCGGUGACAUCGGCGGCAUUAUGGGCCUGUACAUCGGCUUCUCGUUCAUCACAGUGUUUGAAUUCUUCGGCGUCAUAUACACGCUCAUCAAGAACGCAUACUUUUAAAUAGCCAGCGAAGAAAAGCCCGGUGUCAUAUGAAAAUCCGACUCCUAUGAAAAUCAGACUCCUUUUCCCUAUUAUUGGUUAAUCCCUCGCACGA